AUGGUUCGGAAAAGUGGACGUGAGGAAGGCAGAGAGAAUGAAACACUAUUCCGGGGCCAAAACCAAGUUGCACUUUUGCUUUUAAUGAAAUCUCGACGUCCAUUUGCGAUGUCUAUUUCGAUUUAUAUUCAAAAGAGGACUAAAAGUGUUUCUCUAGACUAUGGUGAAGUAGCAUACGAAGCAACGCACCUAUCAGCAGCAAAACGAUUUAAUUCAUAUGCAAAUAUAGCCAGGAUAACUGUGAAUACCUUUUUAUUUUUCAGUCAGCUUGUUUUUUGUAGCAUUUACAUAAUUUUUAUAUCUGACAAUAUUCAACAGAUCUAUAUUCAGUUUCACCCAAACCACACACCAGUAGUACAAGUGUUUAUGGUUAUACUCACUAUCGUCAUUCUUUUGAUUUCCUAUAUCAAAAACUUGGAUGCCUUGGCCAUUUAUUCUGCUAUUGGUAAUCUUAUACUUAUCGUAGGUUCCGUCAUCGUAUUCGAGUACCUUAUUGCAGGAAUUGUGGAAAACAAGACGGAUAUAAGUUCCCUGCCGUUAUUUGAUACUGUCGCCAAUUUCCCAAUAUUUUUUGGGACUGCAGUUUUUUCUUAUGAAGGAAUUGGUGUGGUACUGCCAGUUGAAAAUAAGAUGAAGCACCCCCGUCACUUUAAAAAGACUCUCCAUAUUUCUAUGGCAAUAGUGACGAUUCUAUAUAUUUUUAUGGGUACGCUGGGAUACAUGCGAUUUGGUUUAGAUGUCAAAGAUACUAUAACACUCAAUCUUCCCCAAGACCAAGGACUUUACAUAUCCGUGAGAAUCAUGUUAUCAUUAGUUCUUGUUGUCAGCUAUGCAAUACAGUUCUAUGUUCCAAUACAAAUUACGUGGCCGACGCUGAGAGGGUUGUUACAAGAGAGAUUACAAACAUUUGGCGAAUACGUCUACCGAACAAUACUAGUUCUUUUUACAUUGGCGGUUGCGGCAGCCAUUCCACAACUGGCUCUCUUCAUCUCAUUGGUCGGAUCAUUCACAGGAAGUGCUCUGACGUUGAUAUUUCCUGCAAUCCUGGACGAGCUUACAUUUUAUAGCAGUUACGACACCACACGUGCAAAGCGACGACUCUUUAAAAAUUUGUUCGUUAUUUUGUUUGGGGUAAUUGGGUUUAUAUUUGGAACUGCCGUGUCAAUAUUAAAUUUGAUUGAAGUGCUUAGUUCAGCGAGCACUAAUUGUACUCCACCCCCAGUAAAUUUGACAAUGAUAAAUAUAACAUAUAUGAUCCCUUAA